AUGUUAUCAGUAUCUCGACAGGGGACCUUGUAGUGUAUAUACUAACAAACUCAUACCUAAACUUCGUAGUGCUCAUCUACCAUUUUUUUUUUUUUUUCGUAUCAUCAUCUUUUUAUGUUUCAUCAUUCAUAACGACUUGACGAUGGGGAGGCAAUCUAUUACCAGCGCUGGACUGCGCAGGUCUGUCGAUAUGACAGCAGCAGAUGACGCACUCGCCAAGAUGGGUUACAAGGCCGAGUUGCCUCGAAGUCUAAGUAUGCUUUCGGUGCUUGGCUUAUCCUUUGCUAUUAUGGCCGUUCCAUACGGUCUUAGUACUACAUUUUACAUAUCGCUAGCAAACGGACAAUCCGUCACUGUCAUCUGGGGCUGGGUACUGCUUUCUCUUCUUUCGACUGCCAUCGCUGCUUCGCUCGCCGAAAUCUGUUCCGUGUAUCCUACUGCAGGUGGUGUUUACUACUGGGCCGCACUGUUAUCAACGCCUCGCUGGGCCCCGAUCGCGAGUUGGACCACAGGUUGGCUGACGCUGGUUGGUAACUGGACCGUCACCCUCUCUAUCAACUUCGGUGGUGCGCAAUUGAUUCUCAGUGCCAUUUCGCUAUGGAACGAGGAGUUUGUUGCCAACGAAUGGCAGACCAUCCUUAUGUUUUGGGCCGUUAUGCUCGUGUGCUACUUGAUUAAUAUUUUUGGUUCUAAAUAUUUGGAUCUUAUCAACACCGUCUGCAUAUACUGGACUGGUGCCUCCAUCGUCAUCAUCUUGAUCGUUCUCCUGGUCAUGUCGCCGACCAAGAGAAGUGGCGAGUUCGUGUUUGCACACUAUGAUGCCUCGGCGUCAGGGUGGCCAGUCGGCUGGUCAUUCUUCGUCGGUCUAUUACAGCCUGCAUAUGUGCUGACGGGCUACGGUAUGGUCGCAUCCAUGUGCGAGGAAGUACAGUCGCCUGAGCGCGAAGUUCCCAAGGCUAUUGUUUUGUCAGUCGUGGCGGCCGGUCUUACGGGCCUUAUCUAUCUAAUUCCCGUCCUUUUCGUGCUACCGGAUGUCCAAAUGCUCCUUGACGUCGCGAACGGUCAGCCAAUUGGUCUCAUCUUCAAGACGGCAACUGGAAGUGCCGGGGGUGGCUUCGGAUUGCUAUUCCUUAUCCUAGGUAUUUGGUUGUUCGCCGGCGUUGGUGCCUUAACAGCCUCAAGCCGUUGUACUUACGCUUUUGCACGCGACGGCGCCAUCCCUGGCUCUGGUCUCUGGAGUAAGGUCGAUAAGCGGUUCGAUAUCCCGUUAUGGGCUCUCACUCUAUCGGCGAUUGUAGAUUGCUUAUUAGGCCUCAUUUACUUCGGUUCGUCGGCAGCAUUCAGCAGCUUCACGGGAGUCGCUACGAUCUGUCUCUCAACGUCGUACGGACUGCCAAUUCUGGUCUCUGUUAUGGGCGGUCGGAAGCAGCUAGAACAUGCUUCAUUUUCACUUGGUCGGUUUGGUCUUAUUAUCAACGUGACAACGCUGCUAUGGAUUAUCCUUGCCAUCUUCUUGUUCUGCAUGCCGACUAAUCUCACCGGGCUGGACGCUUCCACCAUGAAUUAUGCCAGUGUGGUAUUUGCAGGGUUCGCAGCCAUCAGUAUCAUUUGGUAUUUUGCAUGGGGCCGCAAACACUUUUCUGGGCCCCCGAUCUUGAAGUCUGAAAUGGUUGACCAUGGUGUAGGGGUUGUUAGGGGACAAUCUCUAGACGAAGAGGUGGGAGGGAAGGAAGCAAGCACGAAAGAAGGGUCUGAUUCGAAGAUUGUAUGAUAUUUUAUAGGUCUAGCUACCUCCUCAAGUUGAUGAAUCGAAAGGUAAACUACCGUUUCUGUAUUAAUAGUCUAGACAUUUAGGGGACCAUGCGAAUGGCCCCCUUUUACCUAAUAGAACUAAACCUAAUAAAAUCACAUCGACGCA